AUGCUACGAACUUUACAACAACAAAUUUAUCACAUAAUACCCCGAUGUAGAUGUCACCUAACAACCUCAACAAAACCAAGAAGUCCUAUACCAGAUCCAAUCCCAGCAACAACAGAUAGUAAAAUAUUAAAUAGAUUAAAACCAAUCCAACCAAAUGACUUGUAUGUUUCAUGUACUGUAUUUGAUUCUAAAGGUCGAAUAACUGCAGUUUCAAAGAAAUUUCCCAAAAUGCAAUUUUUGAAGGAAAAUCAUUUAUUUCCAAGAGAUUUAAGAAAGAUUGAUACUUCUUCUAUUGACGUUGUACCGAUGAUCAUGAUACGACCUUCAAAUGCUAUAUUGGUAAAUUUAUUGUAUAUUAAAGCAAUAAUAAAGAAAAAUUCAGUAAUGGUUUUCGAUACUUCGAAUAGUGAAGUUGCGUCAAAAUUAGGAGUAUUUAUGUAUGACUUGGAGUUGAAGUUGAAGUCAAAUACAACAACUUAUGAAUUUAAAGCAUUGGAGCUGAUGUUGGUGAGUGUUAUGAGUUAUCUUGAAGCUGAAAUAAAAAUUUAUUUACAAAGUUGUGGACAGAUACUAUCAGAGUUAGAGAAUGAAGUGGAUAGAAAAAAAUUACAAGAACUAUUAAUACGAUCAAAACAAUUAUCGUCAUUUCAUCAAAAGGCUGUUUUGAUUCGAGAUGUACUCGAAGAACUAUUAGAAAAUGAUGAAGAUCUAGCGGGGAUGUUUUUAAGUAAUCCAAAUGCAGAUACUUUUGAUGAAUUAGAAAUGAUUUUAGAAAGUUAUUAUAGACAAUGUGAUGAAUUUGUUCAACAAGCAGGUAGUUUAUUAAAUGAUAUAAAAGCAACUGAAGAAAUUGUCAAUAUUAUAUUAGAUGCAAACAGAAAUAGCUUAAUGCUUUUUGAAUUGAAAGUUACCGUUUAUACUUCAGGAUUUACGGUUGCUACUUUAUUACCAGCUUUUUACGGAAUGAAUUUAAAAAAUUAUAUAGAAGAUUCAAAUUUAGGAUUUGGUGCUAUUGUUGUAAUUUCAAUUAUACAAGGUCUUAUAAUAACUUGGUUUAAUUUUAAAAAAUUACAUAAAGUUCAAAAGUUAACAAUGAUGGGUACGAACGAUAAUCCCCUCAAAACAACUACAUCGUACAAGAAAUCAAUCAAGCAAAACAAUUCGUUGUUAUAUAGAGUAAUAUUUGGUAGUCAAUCCUAUAGACGUAAAAAAUUGGAUAGACCAACUAAAAAAGAUCAAGACGUAAUUUGGAGAAUGAUUAAUGAUGAAAAAACUAGAAAUUAA